AUGCUAGCAAAAAAAUGCACAGAAUCGGACGUCCGUAAUUUAUUUAGUCCUUAUGGUAAUAUAGAAGAAUGUACAGUACUUAGAGAUACUACGGGACAAAGUUGUGCCUUUGUAACUUACGCAUCGAAGCAAAGUGCUAUCAACGCCAUAAAAGCAAUGCACCAUUCUCAAACUAUGGACGGGUGUUCUUCGGCUUUGGUGGUAAAAUUUGCGGAUACUCAAAAGGAAAAAGACCAAAAAAGAUUGCAGCAAAUGCAGGCUAAUUUAUGGAAUUUAACAGGUGUAGGAAUGGGUCAUUCUCAAUACCUCGCCGGGGAUUCGCAUUGUCUCGCUCCUGCUAGCGUUUUACUACAACAAUUAGCAGGAGCUGCAAGCACUCCGACGCCUGCCAGCGUGGCUCCAAGCCUCGCAUCUCUUCAACAGCAGCUUCUCAUGCAAUCUGCAUUAAAUACGCCUUCACUACAGAGUUUAGCCCUUGGACUUCCGGGAUCCACAGCACUGAAUUUACAGGGAUCGUCAGGAAGUACAGCGGCGGAUAUUAGUCCUGCUAAUCUACAAAAUUUGGCUACCCUAGCAAAUCUUUCCGUUGCAUCUCCGACUGUUAAUCCUAUGAGUGUACAAAAUUUGGUUACCCUAGCAGCCAUUCAGGGAAGUAACGGAACUAGUCUUCAAGUUUCACCUUCUGAUCAAAAAAAUUUAAAGCGGUGCAAUUCCCUGACCAAUCUCCAUCACGAGAAUAUUUCGCAUUUCCUGGAUUCGUCUCAUCCUACAAUACCGACGCAUAAUAAUAAUAAUAAUAAUAAUAAUAAUAAUAAUAAUAAUAAUAAUAGUAAUAAACUAUCGAAAAAUUUCAAAAAUGCUUUUUCAAUAAAAAACGACAACGUGGACGUUAAACAUUAUUUAAAUAAAAAUUACUUGUCGGAAUUUAAAGAAAAUCGUAACGAAACGAAUUUUCUACUCAUUGACUUAUUGAAAAAAACAGAACCGAAUAAUUUUCACGAGAGUUUGAUGGAAAGGGAAAACAACAACAACAAUAACAACAACAAUUCUAAAACGUUACCCUUGAAAGUAUUGUUAGAAAAUGAUAGAUUGAAAAGUUAUUGGAAUGAGGAAAAAGACGUGAUAACGAAAAAAAGAUACACAAUGACCAUACCCACCCGACAAAAAGAUGAUAAAUUUUCAACAAAUUGGAAUUUAAACGAAUUUGUCAAACAAACUCUCAACAUCCGGAAAAAAAAUUUUCCCGAUCGCGAUUGUACCGAAAUCGUAGACCUUAAUUGUUCCGACGAUAUGACGAACAACCAAACGAAAAAUUCACAUCCAAUGUUUUAUUUUCCCAGGUCAUUAGGAAAUGGAAACGGUGGAGGAUCCCCUCUAAGUCCGGUCACAUUGGGUUCACCAAUAACAAAUCUCGCUACGCAUAAUGGUACGUCAUUAGACGCAUUUGCGUCUGCCUACCAGAAUUAUACAGGGUUUGCUGGAAGUGGUUUACCAUCAAUCACAAGCGGAGCCGGAAAACAAAUAGAAGGACCGGAUGGUGCUAAUUUAUUUAUAUACCAUUUGCCCCAAGAAUUUUCCGAUGCGGAUUUAGCAACGACUUUCCAUUCAUUCGGAAACGUUAUAUCAGCAAAAGUUUUUAUCGAUAAAAUGACCAAUCUUUCUAAGUGCUUCGGAUUUGUAUCUUACGACAAUGUUUUAAGCGCUCAAUCAGCAAUUCAAGCAAUGAACGGAUUUCAAAUCGGAACGAAAAGGCUAAAAGUCCAAUUGAAAAGAUCGAAAGAAGCCUCGCGGCCAUAUUGA